CCGGAAGUGGCCGUAGUCACCAUGGCAGCGGCCUGCGGGAGGCUCUGGGAGAGGCGAGCGGCGGCCUUGGCGGGCCUCGCCGCGGCGCCCGGCAGAUGUUUUUCGUUCUCGGGGUACCGAAGCAGCAGCGAUGGGGAGCCAGCGAAAUUUAAGCCGCCUCCGAAGCCUGUCAUUAUUGACAAGCAGAAACAGACGGUGGAGAGGAGGUUCUUGAGCCCUGAAUUUAUACCUCCUAGAGGGAGAACAAAUCCUCUUAAGUUCUAUAUAGAAAGAAAGGAUAUGAUACAGAGACGAAAAGUCUUCAACAUCCCAGAGUUCUAUGUUGGCAGUAUACUCGCUGUUACUACUGCAGACCCAUAUGCUAAUGGCAAAACCAGCCGGUUUGUAGGCAUCUGCAUUCAAAGAGGAGGAAAAGGACUUGGUGCUACCUUUGUACUUCGAAACGUUAUAGAAGACCAAGGUGUUGAAAUAUGUUAUGAACUGUACAAUCCUCGAAUCCAGGAGAUCGAGGUUCUGAAAUUAGAAAAGAGGCUAGAUGAUAACCUGAUGUACCUGCGAGAUGCCCUCCCUGAAUAUAGUACAUUUGAUAUGAAUAUGAAACCUGAGUCUCGUUUAGACCAUGAAGAAAUUCCUGUAAACAAGCUGCAAGUAAGAAUGAAACCUAAACCAUGGUCAAAACGGUGGGAAAGGCCAAAAUACAACGUAAAAGGAAUAAAGUUUGAGCUACCUGAACAAAAAAUGAAAGAAGCACAGAAGUGGAGCCAGCCCUGGCUGGAGUUUGAUAUGCUGCGUGAAUAUGAUACUUCAAAAAUAGAGGAAAAAAUCUGGAAAGAAGUGAAUGAAGAGCUUAAAAAAUAAUACUAUUUUUCAAUAUAGGAAUUACUAAGAGAAUUAAUGCGUUCACUUCGAAUUCAAUAUAAGUUUUCAGCUGUUUUGUAUAUACAUAGGCACACUGUACAAUAAAGUUAACCUUUCCAGAAAA